AUGUCAUACUACUCUUGCUUUUUGGCUUUGUUUUGCCAAAUCAUUAAUAUAGCAUUUAAACGGUGUAGAUAUAUUACGACUUCAAUUGGAUGCAGUUAAAAAAUUAACGCCAAAGAAAACGAUUAAAAUUCAAAGGUUUUCUAAAUCGUCGCGAGUAUUUAAAGCAAUCCUGGGCAAAGAAGAGAAGUUGCUAUGCAGCGCACACAGUUCUCAAUGCUGACCUUGACUAUUGUCAUUUACAUACUGCUGGUGUCCUUGACGCCUGCCAAAGCCGGCGAGGUAACUACAAAACCAAACAUUCUGCUAAUACUAAGCGAUGACCAAGACCUGACUUUGGAGGGUAUGACACCGCUGCGGCAUGUGCAGCAGCUUAUUGGUAAUGCUGGCGCUACAUUCGGCCAUGCGUACACAAGUUCGCCACUUUGCUGCCCUUCGCGCGCUAGUCUGUUCUCCGGGAUGUACGCACAUAAUCACGGCACUACCAAUAACUCGAUAAGUGGCGGUUGUAACGGUCACCGUUGGCGCACACAAAUUGAACCACUAGCCUUGCCUGUGCUGUUGCAGGCCGAUGGUGGCUACGAGACCUUCUUUGCCGGUAAAUACUUGAAUGAGUUUCAAGGAGAACGCGUACCGCCGGGUUGGACGCAAUUCUACGGCUUGCAUGGCAAUUCACGUUACUACAAUUAUACGCUGCGUGAGAACGAACACAAUGUUAGCUACACGGACACUUAUUUAACUGAUCUACUGCGCGAUAAAACGUUGGGUUUUUUGAAAGGGCGCAAUAAGCAGCAACCUUUUUUCGCCAUGGUCGCUCCACCGGCACCGCAUGCGCCCUAUACACCGGCCGAGCGACAUCGUGGUGCUUUCGCGAACCUCAAGGCUUUGCGCACGCCCAACUUCAACCGCGUACCUCUACCACAAGAGAAGCAUUGGCUUGUGGCCGCCACACGAUCUAUGCCCAGUGAGACCAUCAAGUUACUUGAUAAUUUCUACCAGCAACGUUGGGAAACCCUACUAGCUGUAGACGAAAUGGUAGCGGCAAUUGUUGAGAUGUUAGAGGAGCAGCAACAAUUGGACAACACUUACAUCAUUUACACAUCGGAUAAUGGGUAUCAUAUGGGCCAAAAUGCCCAACCCUGGGACAAACGCCAGCCUUAUGAGACCGAUAUACACGUGCCGCUGCUUUUGCGUGGACCUGACAUACCAAUAGGCGCCUUUGUACCACAACCAAUCCUGCUGCUUGACUUAUUGCCAUCAAUAUUGCAAUGGACGGGACUGCAUGCGCAUUCGGAAAUGGAUGGCCUGCCCAUCCAAGUAGGGUUGCAAAAUUUAAGCGAAGGUAAAUGGAUAAGAGAAUAUCGACGCAGCUUGCUAGUGCAGUAUUGGGGAGAAGGUAACACCAACACUUACAAUGCAGGCUGCCCAUGGUCACGGGCGGAUCGCUUAUCGCAAUGCACACCAGAGGCAGAUUGCCACUGCCAAGAUGCUUGGAAUAAUACAUACGCCUGUGUGAGGCAUUUUAGGGGCACAACAGAUCGAUUAUAUUGCGAAUUUGAUGAUAAGGAGAAUUUCGUGGAAGCGUAUGACGUUAUCGACGAUCCGCACCAAAUAAACAAUAUCGGCUAUGAUCUGCUGCCCAUCGAACAUGCCUUUUAUGGUUUGGCGUUGGCCAAUUUGACGCGCUGCGCAGGGAGCAGUUGCAAUGAUAUUAACAUUUAAAGUAUCAGCACUGAUGGGAUACGUAGAAUGAUCUCGAAUUGUGAUUAAAUACAAUAUUUUCUUAGAAUAUGUAAUGGUUUCAAAAGCCAAUAAGAAUGUACUUUAGUAAAAAACCUA